AUGUCUGACGAGGACAUCGAUGCUCGCUCUGAGAGCCUUAAUACAGCGAUAAAGUCUCUGCGAGAGCUUCAGCGAACGAUCGAAGACCACACCGUCGACCAGCAUGACGAGACCGCUUACGAGCAAGAACAGGAGUACAGAUACGAUUUCGAAGAGCUGUACACAACAAUUAUCACGAAACUAUUAACGAAAAAGAAACUAAACCAACGACAGCAAGAACAACAACAGCAAGCGCAACAUCAUAAUGAACAACAGUUGCAUGACCAGCAGCAGAUACGUGAGAGCAUACCUAAAAUACAAUUUCAACCACUAGGAGCAUCAGAAACUUUCAACAACUUUAAGAAAAGACUGGAAGCCUACUUUCGAUUGAAUAAUAUUACCAAAGAUCAAACAAAAACCAACAUUAUACUAUCUACAUUAUCACCAGAGCUCCAUGAAAAGCUCUGUGACUUAGUGUGCCCAGAAGAACCAAUUAAUAUGUCAUUUGAUCUCAUCACCGAAACACUUAAUGAAUAUGUAGAUCCAAAACCUAGUAAAUGGGCCCUACAACAUAAAUUCAUAUCAAGAAUACAAAAAUCUGAUGAAACUAUAGCUCAAUUCACAGCGGAACUAAAAAAAUUAACAACAAACUGCGAAUUUAAUUGUCAACAUUGUGAGAAGAACACAUCAGAUAGUUUCCUUUGCCUACAAUUCAUACGAGGCUUAAAAGAUAAUGACGCACGAACAAAAAUUUUACAAGGUCAAAAUAAAUGCACAUUUAAAGAACUAGUUCAAAUAGCAACAUCAAUCGAAAUGGCAAAAACAGAAAACGACACUAUUGUUACAAAUGUAUGGCCCAGCACGAGUAACGGCAGUAUUUACAAAGUUUCUACAAACACAUAUCGACCUAAAACUUCAAACUCAAGACAAAUCACACGCCGAGAUUUAUUAGGUAAAUGUUUUCGCUGCGGAUCUUCUCAUGAAACCAGGAUAUGUAACGCCAGCAAUGUCACCUGCCGGAAAUGCAAUAAAAUCGGCCAUCUUGCCCGCGUUUGCCUACAACGCAAACCUAAUCUGCACUACAAGGCACCAAGACCCAAUUCGCACCAACUAGAAGAGCCGAACAAUAGCGAUAACGAUGACUUGAACGAUAUCAAUAUUAUAUCUGGCGAAAGAACUGAGAAAUUCAUGAUAUCAGUACAGAUCGAGAACGCAAAGCUGAAAAUGGAAUUUGAUACUGGAGCAACAUUAACGUCAAUGUCAAUGCGAGACUAUAGAAAACUGAAUAUUGGAAAAAGACUGUUCCACACAGAUAUUAAACUUCGUACUUACACAGGAGAAGUAAUAAAACCAGUUGGAGUCACUUACGUUAAAUGCAAAUACCAAGAGAAGGAAUUUCACGGUAAACUAUAUUUAAUCAAUGGCAAUGUAGAUCCUAUUUUUGGACGCAGUUGGAUGAAGGAACUGGAAAACUUGAACUUAGCAGAUAUAAAAACUAUACAAGACACAAAGAACUUAGAACUAGACCAACUCUUACAACUUUAUAAAACUUCAGUUUUUAAGUCCGACCUGGGUAAAAUACCUAAUUACAAGGGACACUUAAACCUUAAAGAAAACAUACAACCAAUUUUUAUCAAACCUCGAAGAAUACCCUACGCUUUAAAAACUAAAGUGGAUGAAGAAAUAGAGCGACUUUGCAAGCUAGGGGUCAUUACGAAAGUGGACCGCUCUGAGUGGGGAAAACUAGUGGUACCAGUUGACAUUAUAAAAUAA